CUAUCCAUGAAGGAGGUCGGAGACGGGCUACACGAGCAGAUGAACUGCAUGAUGGGCGCACUGCAGGAGCUGAAACUCCUCCAGGUCCAGACAGCUUUGGAGCAGUUGGACAUCUCGGGGAGCCGAAACACUGGUUCUGGCAUCGAGCAGCACCAGUGCUGCCGAGGCAGCCGAGCGGUGCCAGGGACCCGGCAGGAUGAGCGGCUGCGGGGGGAGGCAUCAGUGGAGGAGCGCAGCUCCACAGCCCUCACACGUGCCAUGCCACGGCCAGGCCGUUUGUCCCAUCCCGCUGCGCUUCCAGCAGGCAGCCACCUUAGGGACACCCCCUCCUCCUUCAGGAACCUCUGCGUUGAGGAUGCUCAUCACCCAAAAGGACCUUCCUCCGCAUCGAGCGGGGCGGAGCACGUCCGCCCAAGGACAUUCGAGCCCAGCAGCCAGGGCACAGCAGGGGGGUGGCCAGCGUUCCGGGAAUGCCCAGGGUGUGACGAUGGCCAUGACUGGACGUCCUCCCUAAUGUCCCAGAGCAGGAACCGGCAGCCACUCAUCUUGGGGGAUAACAUCUUUGCAGACUUGGUUGGGAACUGGUUGGAUCUGCCGGAGCUGGAUAAGAAGGGGGAGAAGAGCGAGGCGUCCCUGUCCGUGAGCCGAUCCCAGGAGCUCUGCAGGAAGUUCUCCCUCACAGCCAACAUCUUCAAGAAGUUCCUGAGGAGUGUUCGGCCAGACCGUGACAGGCUCCUCAAGGAGAAACCUUGCUGGCUUCCACCAGAAGACAAACAGCCCGAAAUUUCUAAGAGACCCAAAAAGAUGAACAAGCUCAAGGGGACAUUUUACUUCCCACUUCAUGGGAACAUCCAGAACCAUCACAGCAAAGCAGAGAGGUGCCCGAAGGCAGAAGGCAACAGCGAGAAACCCAGAAUUGGCACCAAGAAAGUCCACGAUAGCCUAGACUACACCCAGUCUGGGUUUGACAUCAAUACGGCUGUUUGGGUCUGA